AUUUAUUUUUGCAGUAGCGCUGCUGAAGAACGCUGCGUGUCUCCACUGUCUCUAGUUGAAUCUCUACGUUUUCUCCGGGGAAAAACACCUUUCGAGAUGUCCGAAGCAGGAGCAAGUACCUCCAAAGGGGAAGUUAGUUCUGAUGUAGACGUAGAGGCAGCUACCCUCCUUUCCCAAGGUCGGCGCAAUCUUUUGGUUGGAGAUGCACCCAGUGCUGUGCAAUGUCUGGAAGAAGCUGCUGCUUUGCUAGGGUCCAAGUAUGGGGAGCUCGCCAACGAGUGUGGUGAGACGUACUACUUCUACGGCUGGGCCCUGUUGGAGUUGUCCCGCAUGGAGACAGGGGUCCUGGGUAACGCACUGGAUGGUGUGCCCGAUGAGGAACAGGGAGACUCCGACGGAGAAGCUGAAAAUGUUGAAAACCCUGACAAAGUACCACUAGAAGAGAAGGAAAGGGAACAAAUUUUCCACGAUGUUCAGGAGGCUCUUGAGUCCAAAGACGAGUCCAAAGAUAAGAAAAAUGACAAGGAAGGGAACAAAGAAAGCGCAUCCGAGAAAGAAGACGAUAUGAUGGAAUCCGGCAAAGAAGCCACGGAUAAAGAGGAAGAUACAGAUGACAUCGCUGAUAAAAAUGACGCCACCGAGAAAAAAAUCGUCAUCGAGAAAAAGGACGCAACCGAUAAAAAGGACGUCACCGAUAAAACGGACGUCACCGAUAAAACGGACGUCACCGAUAAAACGGACGUCACCGAUAAAACGGACGUCACUGAUAACAAGGACGUCACCGAUAAAAAGGACGUCGAGAAGGAGCAGAAAAAUGAUGACGAGGAGGUCCAAAUGGAUGUGGACGGGGAGGCUAAGAAAGACGAGACCAAAGACAGUGAUGGAAAAGAUGCUAAGAAAGACAAGAAACAGGGAAAAGAUGAGGGAGCAGGACCGAGCGAGGAGAAGGCAGAAGGAGGGGAAGGAGAUGAGGAGGAGGAGGAAGAUGAAGGGGAAGAUGACGGAGAUGAAGAUAAAGCCGAAGGGGGUGAAGAAACCAAAGAGGAGGAGGUGUCGAAUUUCCAGUUGAGUUGGGAGAUGCUGGAGCUUGCAAGAGUAAUAUUUUCAAAGCAAGACAAAGACAACAAAGAGUUCAAACUCAAGGUUGCGCAGGUUUACCUGAAGCUCGGGGAGUUGGGUCUUGAGACCGGUCAGUACGGUCAGAGCAUCGAGGACUUCACCCAGUGCUUGACCAGACAAAAAGAGCAACUCGAAGCGGACAGCAGAUUACUGGCUGAAACAUACUAUAACUUGGCGUUGGCGUACUCGUUCGACCAGAAGUUUGACAAGGCCAUUGAGAGCUUUGAGGAAUCCACAGUGGUGAUUAAGAACAGAAUAGCUACGCUGAAGAAGAAAGCAGACAAUCAAACAGAGAAGCCCAGUGAGGAGGAUGCGCUCCAUGACCAGAAUGAAAUGAAAGAGCUUGAGGCACUCAUUCCAGAAAUCAAAGUCAAGAUUGAAGAUGCUAAAGCAGAAAAGACUUCAGCAGAAACGGCUGCCGGACAAGCAAAGACGUCUGCCUCAUCGAAAUUUGACCUCGGAGCAUCAUCGUCUUCAUCAUCGUCUGGUUUUGCACCCUGUAGUUCCUCAACUCAAGCCAAACCUAUUGCAGUAAGAAAGGCUGCUGAUGCCAAACCAGAUGAUGUCUCACAUCUUGUACACAGAAAGAGGAAGCCAGAGGAGCAAGCUGUCGAGGAGAGUGCAGGCAAGAAAAGCCGAUCCGAGGAUGGGAGUGGGGAUGCCUCUACGCCAAACGGAGUCAACGGUGUCAAUGGCUCCACAGAGAAGAUAGUCCCUAAUGGAGAUGCUAAGCAUUCACCAGAGAAACCGGAAAUCAAGGUCAAACAAGUUGAGAAGACGUCAAACGGAACGAGCGAGCCCGCCGUCAUGGAAACAUAGAUGCCAACAUAGUUUCUCUCUGAGAAGAGAGAGAAAAAAACCUCACAUUCUCCGACGACCAAAGACCUGAAAUGAUUUCAAAUCAACCACUUGUGAUACUUCCAUUUGUACAUCUUUAGAAAAAAAAAAACAACAAAAAAACUCGGAACAACUUCCACAACAUAGCGUUGUUUUCAUUAUUUAAGGUUUAACUGCAGUUAUCUACUUGGUCAUUUCUGUUGACUGUGUAGUCUGAUUUGUAUAUAAGUAAGUAUUUUGUAGGCUUUUUUCUUGUGUUCUUUAUAGUUUGCAACUUUAAGGGUUUAUUUCGUCCAAAGAAGAGAUUCCUUCGACAAUUUGGUGCAUCAAUUUUGCUACCUGUGGCUCUCAGAUUGCUUGAAAUGCUGAAAAUUAUGCUGAGCAGAAUAAGGUUGCCAGCUAUAAUACCAUUUACAUGUACAAAAUGUUAGUGGUAUCCUGCUUAGUUGUGCUUAGCGGGAAAAUGUGCAGCAAUAUUUUCUGCUUAAAGCAGCUGUAUGAAAUUUUGCUAAGGUCACAGGUAUACACAUUUUGAUGCAGGAAAAUGUCAAUGGGGAAACUAGACAUGACAAGAUGAUACCUUAAUGCAGUUGAAUUCGACUUGUGAGCAGUUUGUGCUAAAAAAAAGUAAUGAGUUUAAACAGUUAUUUGUGCUAUGAGCAGUGUUGUCAUGUUCUUUGUAAAUCAUUAUCUUUCUGAAAAAGAACAAAAUAAAGUUUAUAAAUCCCCAGAUCAAAAAAAAAAAUCAUCUCAAAAUAUAUUUCCUAAAUAAAUGAUUUACAGAUCACAAACUGUUAUAUAUUAUUUGCCAAAUGUAUAGGAAUUAAUUAUGCUUUUGGAUUUAGGCUGAGUGUAAUGUAACUUUUUCUGUGCUAUUCUUGAAGAAAUGUUGUGUUUUUGUUUCCCUUUUGCCAAAGCAAAAGUCUUAAAUGGCGACGGAAAACUUAGAAACUGUAUCAAGGGUUGUUGCUAGUAUAGACUCUCCAUUUUACUUGCAUAUUAUAUAUGUCCGUGUAUACAGGGUUUCCCAUUCUUACUGGAACGCUCUUCAAUCACGUAAAGCUCAAUGCGCAGGUUUUUAAACUCGCCAAAAUGACAUCAUUAAUCAACGAUUCCCUUGGUACAUUAUCAAUAAAUAACGCAGAGCUACCAAACUUUCCCACUUCUGCAGAAAGUUCCCUGAAAAAAAUAACAGUCUAGUUUGUCCUUAAUGGAUGUAGGAAACUCUGCACUUGCGCAUGUUUUUACAGGUUAGGGUGGAUUUUUUUGCUGAUGCGCGUGUGUACUCCACAUUACUCAAUAUUCUUCGCUUACACGGCUAGUGAAGAACAGUGAUUGCAAGCUUAGUUUUCGGCAGUAAGCACAGCCAUGAAAUUAGGCCCUUGUGCUAAAGGUAACACUUUUCUUCUCGCAUUUUCCCAUCGCCAAGUUAAAUUCAGGAUACAUCAUACAGCCUUUUUGUACAUGCAUUUUCAUUCCAUACUCUUUAUUUUGUUGGACACAUUUUUGUUUGACAUACAUUUCAAGAAUAAUAAAAAAACAGUUAAGUUUAAUAUUAAAGCUA